AUGUUCAUGAAGGCCUGGGCUUAUCUCUGUCAAACCACUCAAGAAUUGCCAUGUUUGUUACCUAAAGGACUAGACCCAUUCCUGGACCAAACCGUUGUCAAAGAUCCUAAUCGACUCGAUCUCAUGUACUUAAAGGGAUGGAAAUUUAUGUCAGAAGCUAUUGGAUCCCAUGAACGAAGCCUCAAGCUUUUGCUAAACACUACUUCACCUCAAUGUCUUGAUUCAUUGGCUCUAGCCACUUUUGAACUAAGCCCUCAAGAUUUACAGAAACUGAAACAAAGGGUUCUUUCAUUGUGGAACGAAGUUCAUCAAGAAGAAGAACCUGUGAAUCUUUCAACUUUCAUUCUUGCUUCUGCAUUUGUAUUUACCUGCACUGCAAAAGCAAUAACAGGAAAAGGAAAUGAUGAAGGAUUAAGCAAGGACAAUAAUAACAGUACCGAUAUUUCCUUUGGAUUUUCUGCAGAUUGUGGUCACACUUGA